CAACACUGACUCCAGUCCUGUUUGUCCAGUGACUUCUUUCACUUCGCGACAGGAAGAGAUUUAAGCCAUAAGAGUCGCAGGAGUUGUAAAACAGUUAAUCAGUCAUUACAGAAUAAUAAUAAUAAUAAUAAUAAUGAUGGGUCUAUCGGUUAUCUGCUUUUAUCUAAUUGUGGUGCCGUUGCUGUGUGACGCGCGGAUCUCCAAGCGCUAUGUGAUCGGCUGUCCGGAGCGCUGCGACAAGAGUCUGUGUCCGCCCAUACCGGCCGAAUGUCUGGCCGGAGAUAUCCUCGACCAGUGCGACUGCUGCCCGGUGUGCUCGUCCGGUGAGGGCGAGCCCUGCGGCGGCACGGGGAAGCUAGGAGACCCGGAGUGUGGAGAGGGUUUGGAGUGUGCCGUGUCUGACGGAACCGGAGCCACGGCCACCGUGCGGAGGCGAGGAAAGAGCGGCGUGUGCGUGUGCAAGAGCCCGGAGCCCGUGUGUGGCAGUGACGGGGUGUCCUACAGAAACAUCUGCGAGCUCAAGAGAGUCAGCAACCGGGCGCAAAAGCUCCAGCAGCCGCCCAUCAUCUUCAUCCAGAGAGGAGCCUGCGGGAAAGGUCAUGAGGAGAAUCCCGACAGUCUUCGUCACAGAUAUAACUUCAUCGCUGAUGUUGUGGAGAAGAUUGCUCCAGCUGUGGUUCACAUCGAGCUGUUCCGCAAGAUGGUCUUCUCUAAGCGUGAGGUGGCAGUGGCCAGCGGCUCUGGUUUUGUGGUGUCUGAAGAUGGUCUGAUUGUGACCAAUGCUCAUGUGGUGGCCAACAAACACCGGGUGAAGGUCGAGCUGAAGUCUGGCGCCACUUAUGAUGCCAAGAUACAAGACGUGGAUGAGAAAGCCGAUAUCGCCCUCAUCAAGAUAGACGCUCCAAUGAAACUUCCGGUGUUGUUGUUGGGCCGGUCUGCUGAUCUGAGACCAGGUGAGUUUGUGGUGGCCAUCGGUAGUCCAUUCUCUCUCCAGAACACUGUGACCACAGGCAUCGUCAGCACCACCCAGCGAGGAGGCAAAGAACUGGGCCUGCGUAACUCCGACAUGGACUAUAUCCAGACUGAUGCCAUCAUCAAUUAUGGGAAUUCAGGAGGGCCCUUGGUGAACCUGGACGGUGAAGUGAUCGGAAUCAACACGCUGAAGGUGACAGCAGGGAUUUCUUUCGCUAUUCCAUCUGACAAGAUCCGACAAUUCCUGUUGGAGUCUCACGACAGACAAGCUAAAGGAAAAACAGCCACAAAAAAGAAGUAUAUUGGUGUGAGAAUGAUGACGCUAACUCCAACACUUGCUAAGGAGCUGAAGGACAGACAGAGCGACUUUCCAGACAUCACCUCGGGUGCAUAUGUCAUUGAAGUUAUCCCAAAAACACCGGCUGAAGUUGGCGGUUUGAAGCAGAGUGAUGUCAUAAUCAGCAUUAACAGUCAGAGGAUCACAUCAGCCAGUGACGUCAGCACAGCCAUCAAGAGAGACGAGAGUUUGAGAACAGUGGUGCGACGCGGCAAUGAAGACAUCAUUCUCACCAUCAAACCUGAAGAGAUUGACCCUUGACCUCUCUUCACCCUCAUGCUCACCCAUGAGCUGGUUCUCAGACUUUAACCGAGUGUGUGUCGCACACUUAGACUAGAAUAUGAAGUGAAUUCUUUCAUUGAACCUGAAACGCAACAGGAAAUCCUUCCUUAUUUACAUGUUUCCUUUUUCAUUUAUCCAUUCAUGUGUAUUGCACAAUAUUUGAAUGAGCCUUUUGUAAAUACGUAGAUAUGAGCAUUACAAUGUUAGUGCCAGCACGUGAAUUGACUCACCAAUAUGUGGGAUAUUUUUCUCAUCAAGGGAUCAUGAAAUAUAGCAACCUACUCUCAUUAAAUAAGUGUUACUAUAAUUGUUUUGUAUACUGAGUUUUACAUGCGACGUUGUUUGCUUUGCUGCAGUUUCCUGGUGUAAUGUACAGUAGAGUCACUACAACAACUGUGUGUUUUCUUCACUUCCACACAAAUCACGAGUACAACGACCAAACAAAACACUUGUAUUCAGGGCUGGACUGGUAAUCUGGCAUACUGGGCAUUUUCCCGGUGGGCCGACGCACUUUGGGGCCGAUCAGGGGCGGUCAUCAGGAGAACCGAAUGGGCCAGUGGGUCGGUCAGGAAAUGUGCCGAAUGGCCAGCGAUAAGCAAAAUGAGCCACCAUGUUAUGCAGAACAGACCAAAAAACGGCACCGUGAUAUGCAGAAAAGGAUCCCCCACCAGGGCUGGACUGGGAAGAGAAAUCAGCCCAGGUUUUUACCUGGCAUCUGGUCCAAAAGUUGUUGAGCGGCGGUUUGUUGUCCUUUACUGCAUAUCGGCCAUUCGGCAUGUUGCACGGCCCACCGGGAAAAUGCCUGGUUUGCCAGAUUACCAGUCUAGAACACCCCCGCCCCCUUUUGGAUCAACCCCCCCUAACAACUUUUGGGCCAGAUGCCGAUUUCUCUUCCCAGUCCAGCCCAGCUUGUAUUACAGACUCGCCUACAUUUACACACUUAUUCCAGUAUGAUUAUUGUCUGCGGAAGCUCACCUGAGAGUGUUGGACUCAGAAGUACGUGGUUCGAAACCAGUCAAGCAAGCUGACACGUGAGACAAAACUGUCAUAGAAGUGACACAAGAUGACACAGUUGCUUCAGAAAGAGUGCUUUACAUUUAUCUUUUUUUUGUUUGGACACUUUCAGUUAGAUUUAGGUGUCUGUCACCUCUCAUUUGAUAUUAGAUCACUAUUGGUUAGGUUUAGGUUAAAGUUUUAGGUUAGGGAGGUAUGUUUUACUCAUUAAAACCCCCAUCUAACAUUCACGCUAAAUCCUUGUCUAAUUACGACAUCAUUUCACUCAUUUUUGGCGCCCCCUGCUGGACAUUUCACUGGGAAAUUGCAGCCAAUCAUAUAAUGAAGAUCCAUAAUCUUUGUGUGUGUCCGACGGCAAUUUCAGUGACAGAAUUAAAGAAGGUUAAUGUUUUAAAUCCGUUUCAGUGUGUGACUUCACAAACAUUGAGUCCUCAAAACGCUGGUUUUAAAAGAUUGGCGGUGAACCGCGAGUCGGCGGCUUGUUUUAUCUGUGAUAGAUAUACCAAGAAAGUUGUUCUUUGUGCUUAAAUGGUGCUUGUUCAACAAGCAGUUUAUGUCACUCAAUUUGAGAAUAAUUUCUCUUUAAGAGAUAUUAUGCAAAAUCACAUCAAAGAUCAGUGCUGCCGGGAAUUUAUGUCCUGUCGAUCUCAGAUGACCUCAAACCUCGCUUAAAAUGAUUUCUCUAUGCUGUGCUGUGAAGGUAUCUCUCAACCCUAGUUUGCUUUGGGCCCUUAUAAGGCAAGAAACAUCAUGUUUCUGUCACAUUAAACUUGCCCUCUACUCUGACUUAGUAUACUGUAGGCCUACAGGGAGAAAAACAAUCCUUAAAUGCUCUCAGUUUCCCCAGAGUGGAUAUAAGACACACAAAUCUCACUCAUUCAUUGCAUGCGAGUUCAUUAGUUGGGGAAUGUUUUUCCCCGUCUGCCUAACAGAACUACUUCAGUCAGAGGAACUCAGACAUAUCCGGUCGGGUUUGACUUCAUUUCCUCUCGAUCAGAGCUGCAGUUGAUCUUGGAAGACUCUCAGUGGAUCUGGGGUCGACACAAGGGAGCAGAUGACAUAAAAACAUACCCUUUAAAUGACCAGAUUCUGUCUGUGUGUCAGUCACUAUGACAAGUCACUUGUUCUCUUUCUCAGACUGUCAUGAUUAGUACUACCGAAUAUGUUCAGGGUGACUGUUACAUAAUACUCAAAAUGUGUAUGGCACACAACAGGUUAUGAAUGAUUUUAUUUGUAUUACACCAUGUAAUUAUUGUAUAAUGUAUUUAAGUAAACAAAUCGCUGUUCCCAAAGUUUUUGUACAAGAAAAACAAUGAAGCAUUAUUCUGAAUGUUAUGGGAAUUAUAAGGUUAUAGAAUAACUAAACUAACAUUUGGUGCAAAACAGCCACUGAGAGCAGGGCCGGCGCUACCUAUAGGCGAACUAGGUAGUUGCCUAGGGCCUCGGCCUUGGAGGCGGGGCCUCCAAAAUAUACACAAGCUUAUCCACCAAUCAAGAGCAGCAAAAUACUAUGCUGUUUGUCCAUUGGAUAUAACAAUUGUCAUUCACCUGUAGUUAAACAAAUUAAUAUCACCGUUUACAUGCGAGUCACUCCCAACCUCUGAAUUUAUGAAUGAAGAGAUUGUAGAUGAAUAAAAUCCAACGAACUCAUCCUUCAGGUGCUGCUAAGCGUAAGGCUAAGCAGGCACGCAAAGAAAGUGCAGCUCGUGAUUCAGGUAUCAUCUAUUUUUGAGUGAUUGUAAUGUAUUGUAAAAAAUAAACUGAUUCUAACGAUCAGCGUCAUUUUGAGAUGGAUCAUUUGACGGUUAUUUCCAGUUCAAAAGAGCGCGAGCACCGUUGAUGGACUGAAUUCGCUUCUGACACUUUGAAUCCGAGCGUAUGUAGCUACAAUGCAGACUUUUGUUAGAAAAAGAAAUACGUUCUAAAUGAACCGUCCGAAAGAGUCUGAUUCGCGGAAAUGAAUCGGACUUCCAGUCACUGUUGGAGAGAUAGAGGCGAAUUCAUGAUUAACUGUUGAACUGAAUCUUACAAAGGAGUCGAUUCUCCUCGAUGGAAUCGAUUACAACCUGUGGAAUAUAAUCUUGAUUCCUAACGCCUCUAAAUCAAGGAAUCGAUUCUUUUAGAAUCGAUUUCCAGCCCUAGUCAGGAGCUGACUCGCAAAAUACUACAGAAAAAGUCAAGUUUGUCAGUCAAAGAGCAAACGCACUAUACUAAAGCAUUGUUUAUUAUGUUUUAAAACAGUCUGUAUAUCUUCUAAAACGCAGAUGUUUAGCCUACAUUAACUGCUCUAGUCUAUCAUAAUAGACUAUAGACCAUAAUAGACUUCAUUUUUUUCGUUUUCCAAUCAUAAAUUGGAAAACGAAUUUAUGUUGCAAUAUUUAUUGAAAAUAAGUAUGCAAUCUUAAGCGUAUGAAUAAGCACACAAUUACAGUUGACGAAAUUAACUUGUCUUUUCACUUCCACUAGCAGCUGAUUUGUGUAUCAUAAGGUAUUUCUCUACAAUGCAUACCUAAUAUGACUAUAUUUAGUCUAUCAAAAACAAAACUGUUCAUUAUCCCAAAUAGUGGGUUAGUGUGUUACCAUAAAUAAAUUACUGAACAAAUUACUGCAAAAACGUCCUGACUGCUAAAAA